CACACGAUGCUUUUACUCGUGAGGAGUAGCCAGUCGACCAGCGUCCCGUCGUCACGUCCACGAAAGCUCGGCACACGUGAAGGAGCCAAUCCAGGAACGAGCUUUCUUGGCCUCACAAGACGGAAGCGCGAGUCAUCGUCGUCCCCGAAAACCCUGCCUAUAAGUUGCCGUGCAAUCUUUGCUCGAGGAGGGGAUGAUAGAUACAGAGAUAUAGCUGACGAUUCCGAGAAUAACCUAACCAGCGAAAAGGCCAAUGGCGAGGAAGUACAAAAGGGCGACAGCGCCGCUGGACGAGACGGCAAGAGCGCGACUGUGGCAGGAGGUGAGCAGCUGCGUGUCAGUGGAGUCCACCACCUCCGAUACGGCCGAGUUGGCGGACCUGAUCGACUCGUUCUACAACGAGGAGGAGAUCGACGAACGGAAAGGCAAGUACGGCAUGGGAUCUGAGAAGGGAGGUUAUCUUACGAGGAGGUCGCUAGACUCCGUGCUGGCGGAGUCGGAAGCCGACAUGGUGGCACACCGGAUCCGAGUCGCGGCCGAGCGGGGGGUUAGCGCAGUCUCGCCGGCAGGAGACGGCUUCAAAAGGCGAGUUAUGGGUUGGCUCCGAGACAAAGGAUUUGAUGCCGGCAGGAGAUCCAACAUCUAUUCGACAAUAAUCUUUUCAGGGCUGUGCAAGUCGUCAUGGGAGAGAGCUGAGCGGAUCCAGGCCGGCACCCACGAGUACAUCGACGUGAUCGAUCGAGGAGGUACGCGCUACAUCUUGGAGAUCGACUUGGCCGCCGAAUUCGAGAUUGCCCGACCGACCCAGGACUACACUGCGCUGCUCCGGGCGUUGCCGUCGGUGUUCGUGGGAAGGCCGGGCGCGCUGGAGAGCAUCGUGAGCCACAUGUGCUUGGCGAUGGAGGAGUCCAUCAGGAGCUCCGGCAUGCACCUGCCCCCAUGGAGGCGAAAGGAGUACGUCCGAGCGAAGUGGUUCAGCUCCUUCGGAAGGAAUUCUGCUGCCGGUGGGGAGGCCGACAGAGGUGCAUCGUCGAGGUCCGGUACUACGACGACGAAGCCUUGUAGGAUAGAAUUGCGUUGCAGAGAGGUGAAGGUCCGCGAGGGAAUGCUGGCUGAGGAAUUCAGAGGCACGUUAAAUGGAUAUGGCUUUUAGCAUUCAAAUUCUGAUCGAUGAAUGUAUGCAUUGCCUCCUUAUAGAAAAGUGGUUUAUAUGAAAGCAGAUUAACUAAAAUAUCUAAUCAUUUUCUUGGGA